UUUAUAUGGGGCUCCUUAUAUUCGGGCUACAAUCUUCUAAAGCUGCAAACAAGAAUAUCAUGCUUUAAAUUACUUUCAAAUUAUUGACUCCUUAGUCCUAGAGUUAAAUCCUUUAACAUUUAUAUCAAUUUAUGUAGAAUUUUAGGCCAUGCCCUACUGUAUGAAAGGAUAAGUGUAAUAUAGAACCUUUGGGUCUCUAUAGUAGGCUAAGUUGUUUGGGAUAAAGUUGAUCAAGUGAAUAGACUGAGCAAUUAACUAUUGAAACCUUUUUAUCAUCACAGAUUGAAAAGAAUAUUUUGAGUAAAGUAUACAUACGUAAGGCAAACAUACAAUAAACAGAGAUAUAGUUCAUAGGAUAUGAAGUGGGGACUGUUGUACAUGUUAAACAUCGUUUUUAGGGAUUACUAUAUCUGAAAUAAGGAACAUGAGUGAGCCUUAUUCAAGCCAACACCAAGACCAGGCAAGACCUCCUGGACACCUUACCCCACUUGAUCCUAUUCACCCACCUUAUACAGACAAGUCCCUACAUGUAAAACCAGUACUGCCUCCAACUACAGCCGACUAUAGUCACCAACAAAAUAGUCAAAAUGAAAAUAGUCAACCCGGAUCUGGCCAACAUUGUCAGCCUAACCAACCUGGGAAUCCUCAACCAGGAUAUGCUCAACCGGGAUAUGGCCCCCCUGGAUCUGUCCAACCUAGUUAUGUCCAACCUGGAUAUGGUCAACCCAGAUAUGUACAACCUGGCUAUAACCAACUAGGGAUGCAAGGUGUACAUAUGGGAGCCCUUGCUGCACAACCUCAGAGGGAGGUCCAAUGGAUGUCACGUCCAGAGACUAUACCAGGAUGCCCCCCUGGCUUAGAAUACCUCACUAAGAUUGACCAGAUUCUUGUACACCAGCAAGUUGAACUCCUGGAAGUCAUGACAGGUUUUCAUAUGGAAAAUAAAUAUCAGAUCAAGAACAGCCUUGGGCAACAGGUGUAUUUUGCAAAGGAGGAAAGUGAUGGGACUGGUAGGAUUUUAUAUGGACCAUCCAGAGCAUUGUCAUCCAUGUCACGGAUAACCUUGGACAGGAAGUGCUCAGAUGUACAAGGCCUCUUAAUCAUUCUAUGCAAGUAACAGUUGAGGCUCCCGUGGGACAGACAAUUGGCUCUAUGAUACUAAGAGGCAGUGGUUUAGUACCAAAAUAUGAGAUCCGUAAUGCCAACGAGCAAGCUAUAUUUCAUGUUGAAGGACCUACUUGUGCGUGCCAGGGGCCUUGUUGCACAGGAGAUCACGAUUUUGUGAUUGCAUCGCCUGAAAGUGCCCAACAAGUUGGGAAGAUUAGUAAACAAUGGAGUGGCCACAUGAAGGAGCAAAUGACCAAUGCUGAUAACUUUGGUAUUUCAUUUCCAAUGGAUCUUGAUGUCAAGAUGAAAGCUGUUAUGAUUGGUGCAGUUUUCCUUAUUGAUUUUAUGUACUAUGAAAAUCAUCAAAACAGAGGACACCAUCGCCAUCGCCAACAUUCGUUUUAAUUGAUUAAAUGGAUAUAUAUCUAAUGAGAUCAUUGCUAAUCAGCAGGAAUCAUGUGCAGUCCAGACAUUGACAAUAAAAGGAGCAUAUUUCUAUUUCAAUACUUUUGAAACAUAAACCAUAUUCGGAUUAUAUGCCAAUGAAUUUAUCAACUUCUGCUAGUGAAGUAUGUUGUACA